UUAAGUAACCUGUCUUCGUGGAGAAAAAAAAUACAGAGAGAGAAUUUGCAAUUCAGGAGGCGGCGACGAAAAAAUGGUGGAAAAAGGCAGCAAAGGAAGAAAGGAAGAGGUGGUUACCAGAGAAUACACCAUCAACCUUCACAAACGCCUUCAUGGAUGCACUUUCAAGAAGAAGGCUCCUACAGCCAUAAAGGAGAUUAGGAAGUUUGCACAGAAGGCCAUGGGAACUACUGAUGUUAGAGUAGAUGUGAAGUUGAAUAAGGUUAUUUGGAGCAGAGGAAUCAGGAGUGUUCCAAGAAGAAUUAGGGUUAGAAUUGCAAGGAAGAGGAAUGAUGAAGAAGAUGCAAAGGAAGAGCUAUAUUCACUUGUUACUGUUGCUGAGCUCCCAGCUGAAGGGAUCAAGGGAUUGGGGACUAAGAUUAUUGAAGAUGAUGAAGAGUGAAAUCAAACUUUGUUUUGUUAGUACUAUUUAUUAACUUGUGUUUUAUGAAAUGAAAUCAUUGGAACCUUUUUUUUUAUGAGUUUUUACUCGGAUCUCAUCAUUUUCAUUUUAGGGUUUUGUGUUGGUUUCUAAAUGUUAUUGGAUAUCAUAAUCAAAUGCUUAUUUGUUUUUCUUCUGA